ACCAGGAAUAGUAUUUUGAUUUCGAAAUGAUGGACGGCUGAAGGCACCGCAAUAGAAAUUCCGAGGAAUGUGUUCAUGCUGAUUCCUCGCUAAGGUCCGGUAGCAUAAUCCGUGGCUCAUCUGUGGUGUCCUUCGUAUUGAUGUCGGACUGUGUGGUCAGUCGUUACAUGUUAUUGUAGAAAGGGUAAUAGUAGUAUUACUUAUAAAUGUUAACAAGAAGUAUGGCAAUGAAAGGACUACCUUAUUUUACAGUAGGAAAAGUUGUAAAAGGUUUCGGAAGAGGUUCAAAGGAUCUAGGAAUCCCAACAGGUGCGUAGAAAUUAGUUUCAGACUGAAGUGACCAGAUUCAAGAUGCUGCGCCGCAGACAGCCUGAGUCCUUGACGCAAUUGGCCUUGAGGUCUAUUGCAGACUUUGUAUAUCAGAUGAGUCAACAGUGUAUUACAACAUUAACUAAUAGGCGUUAUGGCGUCGCAAAAUUUUAUUGGAAUUUAGUCUCUUCACAAGCACACAACUGUAACUGGGAUGAACUUCAGCAGUUCAUACAGCCUGGCCUGCCUCGGAUCUUAGCCAGUAAAGUUUCAUCUCAUUUACUGGAUACACUAUCACAGGUGGCAAAGGAAAACAAAUAUCUGUGUUUCUAUGAUGCAAUGAUUGCCCAUGAUUGUGAUACGAUUCUUUUUGAUAUGCUUGUGCUGGCAGUGAUUCACCCAUGCAUGGCUAAGCUGGUGCUGCAACGCUGCCCAGACAGUCUUUGUCUUAUUCUGUGCAAACAGCUGCACAGGUUGACUGAAUUGAAGGUUCUGAAAAUACAUGCAAUACCUACUAAGAGCAUUAAACUUGCAGUCAGAAAUGUAAUUGUAAGUAACAUGGGAUUUUUAAGGAACCUGGUUGUAUUCAAUUAUGUUAAGCAUUGCACUGACAGCGUACUCGAAGUUGCAGCCUGUCAUUGUAGGCAGUUGGAACACUUGAGUGUAAUGUUUUCUAAGAAGGUAACAGCCCAGAGUGUAGAGUCAGUCAAGAAGUUCCAGAACUUAAAGACUCUCAACAUCUGGGGCACAUCCAUCACCAAAGAGUAUUGUUCUCAGUUGUUAGACACACUUCUCAAACUUGAGGAUUUUUCAUCUGACCAAGAAGACGUUCUAGAAGGUGUUAGUCAGCUUCCGCUGGUAUUAAAAUCCUUGACAACAACACACUUUAAAAACUCGCAUGAUUUGGCGAGUUUGUGUCAUCUCUCGCAUCUAACCCUUCAUGGUGUUGACUGUGAUCUAAUCUGCUUGAAAGCAUUGACAAAUCUUCGAGAACUGGCAGUUAGCAACUGUCGCUUUUCCUGCAUCGAAACAUUUUUAAUGUCGAGAGGAGAGCAGCUGACAUUGUUAAAAUUGAAAGAAGUGUCAGGUGUCACCAUGGAAUGCAUCACUUAUUGUACACGACUCAAAACACUGCAUCUAUCAGUUCACAGUUAUACCCUUCACAUUGAUGACCUGUCGUUGCUUCAUUAUAAGAAUCUAGAGCACUUGGCUGUAAGGGGAUAUUAUCUGAUGAGUUAUGACAUUUUAUUGUCUGUGUACACAAAAUUAAAGACUUUGAAGUUGUCGCAGGCUCAUGUCCUGCAAAAGGAAGUGAUAGUUAAUGCCAUAACUGCUGGCAGGUGGAAGCAGAUGGAAGUUGUCAAUUUUGAUAGAUGUGUGAAAGUAGAAUCGCUGAUGUAUAUAGUACAGAACUGUUAUAAUUUAAAGAAAAUUAUAUAUAAAGUGAAAGAGAAUCUGGAGAGUUCUGAACUGCUAAACUUGUGUGGUUUGGAGACGUACUUGAAGGAAAAUAAUUUGGAUAUUGAAUUGGUGUUGUAAAAAAUAAACUCCCAUAAAACACCGCAAGAAUGGCAAAUGCAUUAUGAGCCAGUAUUAAGUAUAAAGCAGAAGUAAAUACUUAUUACUGCAUUCACUGUUGGAAUCAUACAUGCUCGAAGGGAGUGCAAUUACCUAGAAGACAAACUUAAAUUUGGUGUGCAAGAUUUUUGUAUGAAAUGCUGUUUACUACAUGUGUUUUGUUUUCCCACCCCCCCCCCCCCCCCCCCCCAUAGGAUCCUAACAAAAGUUUUUUUCUAUAAAUUCCCACAGGAUAGCAUCUAGCAGUGUGAGAUCUGGACAGUGCAAAGAUGUGGAAAUUUGACUUCUCAAAAAAUAAAGCAACCUGAAAAAACUGCUUCAUCAUAUCCAGUUGCGGCCUUUUCUAUAUAUGAACAGGCUGUUCUGCAGUGAAAGGCUUUGCAGGUUAUUUUUAUUGCACCUUUGCAGCUAAUUAGUACAACAGUCGACAAGGAAAAUAACUCUCUUCUUACACAGCAAACCAUGUAUCGUGCGAUCUUUGAAACGAUGUGGAAAUUUAGAGAGUGGUGAGAAAGUCCCAGUACCAACCUAAAAAUUUAAAUAUGACAAAUCUAAAAUGUGAUGUUUUCAUUUGUGUGUUGUCCACAUCAAAAGACACUAAUGAGGGUAGGAAUUCACUCUAGAGGGGGGAAUAUAUUAAAUUUCUUAAAUAGUUCUAUCAGACUACAUGGCAGUAUAUAACCCAGAAGACAGCCAUCGUCAGACUCAUUGCUGUGAGAACCCCAGAUCCACCUUGAAUAGUUCUCUGCAAAAUAUUCUUGUAACACCUGCCAUUGUUUUAAUGAUUUUAUUUAGAUAAUAUAUGUUUUCCUCACCAUCUAGUGGCAUAUUUUUGAACUGGUACAUCUUCUAGGAAUAAAAAGGCACUGAUUUUUGAUAUAGCCUAUUUCAAUAGAUACUGAAUAGAAUAAAAGAAUUUCAACAAUAAGAUAGGUGCACACAGAUUUUUUUUAUAUACUAUAUAUAUUUUUUCAUAGAAUAAUCUUUUAUGAAAUGUGUUUAGUGGUUUCACCAGUUUUGAUGAUUUUAAUACUGAAAUAAGAAAACUAUAAAAACAGAGAAUUUCAGCCAUCAAAUUUAUUUUCUGUUUGUAAGUAGUUCUUAUUGUCAUUUGUGUUAGUUUAUGGAAACUGUACGUGAAGAGGUUAGAUUAAGGAUUUUAUUUAGAUAUGUAGUGUAAGUUAGGAAAUAUGUAAGAAGAGAUGUAAUACAGAAGGUGGAGGAAAAACAUCAAGGAGUCUUUCCCCACAAUCUGGAACUUAUAUGACAGACUGAAUAAAUAAAUACAAUCAUAUGGAA